AUGGCUUUACUGGGAGAAACCCCUCCAAAGUCAAAGUUGACGUUCUCUAAACUGAUAAUAUCAACACCACAAAAUCCAAUCGCCACCAAGGAUCUCGUCAAAAGACUCCAGCAAUUGAGCGAAGAGUUAAGUACCAUUGAUCAAGAGAACCCAGAUUUGAAAUCCUUUGAUCAUAUCAAACAAGAUCUCGUGAACCCCAAGCUCUUGAAAAGUUCUAAUAGUGGAGUACAAGCAUACGUUUGCUGUGCACUUGCUGACAUCUUGAGAGUCUAUGCCCCGGACGCCCCGUUCACGUCUGUUGAAAUAUCAUCAAUUUUCAAAGCUUUCUUUAAUCAAUUCAAGAAGUUGUCUGAUACUCAUAACUUAUACUUCCAGCAACAAUGCUACCUUUUGAAGAGACUUGCUGAGGUGAGAUCUGUGGUCUUAAUUGCUGAUGUGGCUGAUUCGGAACAGUUAAUUGAAACUGCUUUCAAUGUAUUCUAUGACUUAUCGAAUAAGGAUUUUCCACAUAGGCUUGAACCCUUGAUUUGCGAUAUCCUUUCAGAGAUAAUGGCUGAGGCAGAAGUAUUACCCCAUAAUGUGUUGAAGCUAGUCCUAGACAAGCUUUUGACCAACAACCCCAAUACCUCCAAUAUUACUUCAAGCAAGAAAAUCUCCAACCCAGGUUUCAAGUUUUCAGUCAGUAUAUGUGAAGCUAACGCUGAUAGCAUGUCACGGCAAAUAGCUCAGUAUUUCUCGGAAAUGUUGUACGAGACCUCACAGCAAAUGGAUCACUUUAAGCAAGACUCUACCAGUAAAAUGAUUAACAUGAAAGCUAUCGAGGCUUUGAAGAGAAUUCAUAAAUUGUCCAUUCAUAUAUGGUGUUAUGUACCUGGUCUAUUGCAAUCUGUGAUGGGACUUAUUGAAGAAGAACUCAAUGCUGAUGAUGAGACCGUCAGGAUUCUCGCUACUGACGCCAUUGGUCAGAUGAUUGGCUCUUCAGGUUCAUCCCAAAACUUCAUUAUCAACUACAGAGAAACCUGGAAUUUAUGGCUUAAAAAAACCUUAGAUGUGUCUUCUAGUGUAAGGUGCAAAUGGGUUGAACAAGUUCCGAUGAUAAUAAAUAAUGCAUCCAGUUUGACUUCAGAAGUGACCACAGAGCUUUGUCGUGGGUUGAACAAAUGCUUAUUGGAUUCGGAUGAAAAGGUUCGGCUUGCCAGUUGUAUUUCAAUCGAAAAGGUCCCAUUCGAGAGCUUUACUAGAAUAUUCAAUAAAGAUACAAUGGAAAUAUUGAGUCAAUUGAUUCGAGAAAGAAACUCAGAUAUCAGAAAACAAGCAAUUGUGACAUUAAGUAACCGGUGCAACCAAUACUUUGGUUCUAUUGUCAACAACCAAGUAAUUGAUUUUGGUGGAAAGAAUAAAGAGGAAAGUGAAUUGGAGGAGUCCUCCUUCAAACAAAUCCCCAACCAACUUUUGUCCUUAAUCUAUAUUGACGAUAAGGAUAUUAAUUCAACAUUGGAUGUAUGUCUUUUCGAGAAAUUAUUUCCCCUUUCUGAGAGUACUACACAAAGAGUUAACAGAAUUUGUCAAAUAUUCCAAAAUCUUAACGAAAAGAGCAUGCAAGCCUUUGAAGCCAUAAAUAAAAGGCAACAAAGAAGCGCUGAAGUUAUGGAAACUUUUGUAAAGUUGUGUGAAGACUACGCUAAGAUUGGUACUUUUGCGGACGAGAAGGAAAACGUAUCCGAAAGCACGAAGAAGCAGUCAAAUGAGGAGAGACUGAUCUUAGUCAACAAGCUUGAAAAAGUCGCCAAGUGGUUUAGCGAAUCAAUAUCAGAUGGAUUGAAUAGCUUCUCAUGUUUAGAAAGAUUCUUCAAGUUAAAAAACUUUCGAUUCUUAUAUUUGAUCAGGCAGGCGGUUUCUUCUAAUUCUGAUUUCUUGUUGGUUAAGAACUCUAUUAAGGAGUUGUUGACAAAAUUGAGCAACCCAAAGAGUAUUCGAGUUGAUGAAGAGAAGAAUGCUGUAUCGACCACGGAUAUGGUGUCUGUAUUUAAAUUGUUGCUUUUCAGAUCAUCUUUGAUCAUAUACAACAAAUCCAACAUUGUCGAACUACUCAAGUUUUCGAAAGAUAGUACGCACAAAUGGAACCCUGUCUCAAAAGACCUUUUGGCAAACGUUUCAGAAACCGUACCAGCUGUCUUUACUAGCCAUAUUAUUGAUUUAGUUGAUACUAUUAAGGAUUCUGAAACAAUACCAUCCACCAGAGCCCAUAAUUUGAAAACUUUGUAUCAUACGGUAAAGAAAAUUCCAACUGCAUUCCCAAAAGAUAAAGAAUUUGGAUUACUAUUAGAAAAGUUAUCGAUUCAUGGGUCACCUAGGGAAGCUGAAUUUGCCAUCAAAUUGAUAGGGUUUAGUCCUAAAAAAGUACUACUUUGUGCUCAAGUUUCUGAAGAGAUUCUUCCUUUGGAUAUCCACUCCUCCUUACUUCCUACCCAUUUGGCUUUUCUUGCCGGCCUACUUUUAGUUCAUGCGCAAGUUGUUGAAGAAAGUAUUAGUGACAUAUCUGCUACUUUGAUAAAAUCUAUUUUACUUUCGAAUGGUGAAAUAACUGAAGAUAUAGUUAAUGAUGAAUCUUUCAUCAGUGACUCAAUUUUACAGGAGAACCCUUCUCAAUAUCAGUCAUUGGUUAAUAAGUUGCUUGUUUUGAAGAUUUUUACAAACAGAUUAAAGCUGUUGACAGAACGGGAAGUCGAUGAACAACAAUUUGUUGAUACUUCCAAGCCUAUAAUUAAACUAUUUGUGAUGUUGGUUAUAAAUGGUGGUGAAAUUGUCAAAGAAGUCCCUACCCCUAUGGCCUAUCGACUGAGGUUGAGAUUAGAGGGAGGUCUAAGCUUACUCGAAUUAGCAAGGCACUCUAAGUUUGGUGAAAGUUUUGGCGUGGAUAUUCUCAACAAGUUAGUACUCUUAGUUCAAGAUGAAAAUCGAAGUGUGAGGUCAGAAUUCUUGAAAGCCUUACAGAUGUAUUUAUCCAAAGAUGAGAUAAAUGAAAGGUUUUUGAACUUAGUAUUUUUCAUGAAUAAUGAGGUAGAUGACGAUUUAUCAUUAACUGCACAAACAUGGAUUAAAUCAAUGAUCAAAAAACUGCAAUCAAAAAAGUCCAUCAAAUUCGAAAAGUCAUUAGCCAUUUUGAUUCAUAUGCUAAGUCAUAACCCAAAAUUUGCUCAAGAACAAGACACAUUGAAAGCAUACACUUUUGCUCUUGAGGUUUUAAUGUUCUGCUUGCAUAAUCUUUUAAACUCUGAGAAUAUUUCACUUUUGUACUACUUGGCUAGCAGAGUUAAGCAAUUCAGAGAUGCCACCAUUGAGCAAUCCUUAUAUGACAUAAGACCCUAUCCUCAAAAAGUCAAUAACGUCUAUUGUGUUGCUGAACUUUGUCAGUUAAUUAUCAAAGAGUUCAGUGAGCACAAAAACUGGCCAACUUUAAGCUGGCCUGGAAAACUCCAACUUCCGAAAGAGUUCUUUACAUCAUUGUUGAGCACUAGUGAAGCACAUGCAAUCAUUACUAAAGUCUACAUUUCUGAGGAGCUCCAGAUUCAGUUAAGGGGGUUGAUAAAACAACGUUUGUCUAGCGGAAACAAGAAAAGGCCGGGUAAGUCAAACCCUCUUAUUAAAAGAAUCAAAACCAAUAAUUCAAAGGUCAGAGUUGUACCCAAACCUAAAGUUCCAAAAGCACUCAAAAGCACAAAAGGAGGUAUUGAAGGUAAUGAACCAACCAGAAAGAGCUCCAGGUCCAGAAAAGAGGUUAACUAUGGGGGUCUUGACAGUGACAGUGACCUUGAUAUGGAUAUGGAUGAGAGUAGUGAUGAUAAUGAUUUUUAA